AUGUCCAUGUCAAAUGCACUUCAAGGGAAGAUAGUUGACAACCUCCUUUACCCUCAAAAUACUGCACAACAGCAAGGUGUAAUGAAAAGAAAGCUCUCUCAAUUUUCUUUCCAUAAAUCUGACGUUUCAAAACGGAAAUGUACCUCAAGAGAACAAGGAACUAAUCCCUGUAAAUCUUUGGAACUGAAGAAGCGCUCAGCUAUCUUGUCAUCCAAAUCGUCUCUGUUAAUGGAACUUAACACCAUUCCUCGAGUGAAGGAAAACGACCUAACCCAGGGGAAUGUGCUGGGGAACGGUGCCCAAGGCUUAACUUACACUGGCACUCUCGCCCAAGGGAGCACAUGUACUCCAGUAAUUAUUAAACAAUUACAUUUUCCAAACAAUGAUAACAUUUUAAAUGAAGCCAAAGUUCUGCUUGAUAUUAAUGGGGCAGGGGGCGCCCCUCUGUUAUUUGGCAUUACCCAGGAAAAACCAUUCCGCCUGGUGAUGUCUCAUUGCCCUGGAGACACGCUUCAGUGUUACUUAAACAAUAAUACUCCACACGACUGCCUUCAAGCAUUCAUCAAACUGUGUGCUGCUGUUGAAGAGAUCCACAAGAAAGGUUAUGUUCACCAAGAUCUACACACUGAAAACAUAAUUGUAGAGGAAACUUCAAGUAAUUUUAUAAUACACAUAAUUGAUAUGGGUUAUGCUAAGUUCAUAACGAAAGGCUUUUUUGAUGAAGCUAAAAGCGAUUACAAAAAACUUCUUGACCAUGCAAAGGAAAUUGCACAAUCUUUGGACUCGUCGACAAAGUAUGCAACGUUCAAGAGCAUUGUUGAGGAGGAGACGAACACUGGCGAGAGUGUGAAGCGUCUGGUGGAAGCUGCGAAGAAGAGCUGUGUCGAGUGCAUUACACCACCGCCUGAAGCUGCUGCCCUGGAAGACGUCAAAGGUGAGCUGUGUCGAGUGCAUCACACCAUCUCCUGA